AUGGCAGGUUAUAUUUUUCCAUCACUCUUGUUCUACUCUUUCGGUUUCCUACUAGAGGGGAUUCCACGCGGCAGUUCUGAGCCUUCAAUUGACUUUCAGGUGACUCUGUGGAAGCAAGGUAAAUAACUUGAUUUGAUUCAAAUCUCCCUUGACAAUCCUUGCCUGACUGCACUUGUUAACCCUCCUGACAGGUCGUCCGUCUCGAAACAGUUACCCCAAGUUAUUUCCCUUUUCCAUUUUCGAAAUUUGUCAUCAGUUUUAAAAUUUAACCCUGUCAACCCAAAGCUACCAAUCUUUCCCAUUUCUGUUUUUCUUUUCCAUAUUUCGCACUGAGUUUUGCUCGAAACCAAAACCGCUCAUGAUCUAUCAGUUGGCCUCACAAAGAUUCAAUGUUCCUGAAUUCAGGUUUUUUGAAAGUACAUUUUCUCAGCCCUUUAGUACUUUUGAUUCGAUCAUAUUUUGAACUCUCUGUACCUUUUCGUGGAGUCUCUUAAAGGUAAAUUUCCUGAAGAGCACAAACAUGUUGCGUGACACGAUGAGACUUAACAGGGCUGGUAAGAGUCAUGACAUGACAGUCAUGUGAUCACUCCCACCGAUCAUCUCGUUUGGGCCAAAGCAGCCCAGCAAAUAUUUACUUAGCCUAAUAGCAGGGAGCGAUGCGAGCAUAGGAGAGCUUUGCGAGGGCUGGGUUCGCGAACACAUCUGCGCAUGUGCAAACGUUGCAACGACCAUAUAAAGGAAGGAUAACGCUAUCUAACUGAUGAAUCGCUAUCCGGCGGAUGUAUGCUAACAAACGUACUGCGCUAUAGAGAUUUGUGCAGAGGAUAGGGAUAUCCAUACUACGAACAAGUGGAGACAGGUUGGUGUUUUCAGACUGAUGGAACCAAAUUGUCUCAUAUGAGCGAAAAACAAUAACACAAGCUGGAAAGUCACAGUGAUUGAAAAGCGUAUACCCUUUCUGGUCAGGCUCACAACAAGUCAGUAAGUCAAUAGGAUAACUGUACUUGAAUAAGCUUUGAGUUCAAAAAAGUAUCAAGUUUUCCUUCUUCCAGCUUUUUUUUACUUUUACGCAUUCCUUGAAUGUUUCAAUUUUUCUCGCGUGACAGAAGAAAAAUAUAGUAGAACGAAGGAUAGAAUUUUUCGUAGCGUGACUCCUCACUCGCGUACAACACCUCAUAUCGCAAUCAUGCUUCCUCUCGAGCGCCUGCUGCGCACACUCAGACGCUGUUAUCAAGCAUCGAAGGGAACGACAUUAUAACCAGGCUUAUAUUCUGUAUCAAUUACGUAAACACAGAUUAUUUAUAUCUAUUUGUUUUGCUCUGAUAAACCUCAAUCGUUGAGGUUUGUUGUGGAUUUUAUUCUCUCUAAUCCAAGUGGUUAUUUAUUUCAUACAUACUGAGGUCUAUACUGUGAAGUACUAUCGUUCGUGUCUCUGAUUGAAAGAGUCGUUUACUUUCCAUCUUUGCCUGUCAGUUUGAGAAAAAUAUCAGUAUGUUUGAAGUAAAAACAUCAUACCAUGUAAAAGUGCUUGAAUUUAUUCACUCGUCGAUAGAUCGAAAAACUCACUUGUUCGUUAUUUUGAUGCAUUGACACUUUUAUGAAAAUCGUUCGUGCGCACUUUCCAUGGAAUAAUCUCUAUUUUUCUACAGUGGAAUUCACUACUGACAAAUCUCAAAGACUUUAUCGUGCUUGCAUGAACCCUUUUUCGUUCUGAUUUCAGGCGAUCUUGGGGUGAACACGUAUCGUAUUCCCAUUCUGAAAUCUCUGCCUGAUGGAUCCCUCAUCGCGUUAUCUGAGGGAAGGAAGUACAACUCUGCAGACGUGGGACCAAAAUUCCUGGCAAUGCGCCGUUCAACUGAUCAAGGAUUGACAUGGAGUAACACAACGUUCAUUGAGGAUGAUGGUGAAGACCCUGAUGGCCUCAAUCUCGGCACCGUUUUUGUAGACGAAGAGAAAAAUCGAGUUUUUGUCAUAUAUUCCCAUUGCGCGACCAAAUGUGUUUAUCACACCACGUUUCUGAUCAGCAGUGAUGAUUUUGGGCUGACUUGGACAAACCCAUCAAACCUGUCGAAUCAGAUUGGAUCGUCUGUGUUUCUACCAGGACCGGGUUUUGGUAUUCAGGUAUUACCUAGUCGAGUCAGUUUAUAUUACUAAAUUACCCUUGCCACAUCUUAUUAUUGUCUAACACUUGAGCUCUCAUUUAGAAAAAGAAAGAUCCUCACAAGGGACGGCUUAUCACGUGUGGUCAUUCUCAUCCUGGUCAUGAUGGUGUCUUCUGCAUUGUUGGCGACGGUAAGCACGGUAGUUAAAAUUGCAUGUUCAAUUGCAUGCAUAAAUUGUAUGUUCUUUGAUUGGUGAAGAAAACUCGUGUCACUCUCUUAUCCAGUCAGAUGCAAAACCAAAUCAAUGACGACUUGGUAAUUGGUUAUUAUUUGGUCUUUCUGAUAUGGCACGUGGUUGCGGCAGAUGGCUUGUAGUUUCAUCGAGAUGCAAUGGAAAUUAAAACAAAUUGAUCUGAUUUUUAUAUUUGGAUCCAGUCAAUUUAUCGUUAUAUCAAAAAAACUCAAGUAACUGACCACAUUGACUUAAACUAAAAUAUUUUUGGAAUGAAGGAAUGACUAAAUCACAGACUGAGAUAAUAGUCAUAAUAGUGGAUUGAAUGAAUCACAGACAAACUGGUUGAAUCAUCUUAGUUUCAAACGUCAAUUUAGCGGCAUUCCCCUCCCUUUUCUUCAAAUUCUCGUUGUGUUCGCCACGAUACGCGGUCGAUUUUGCUGUUUAUUCUUAUUACUCAUCUCUAUUUCAGAUCAUGGAACAAGCUGGAGGGUUGCCGGGUAUAUUCUUCAGCAAGGUUCAUUUGAGCCGGAUGAAUCUCAGGUAUGACAGCAAUCUCCGCUUACCUUUGGCUCCAAGGCGCGUUUUUGAGGUGAUUGACAAUGAUUAUGCAUUCUCCCUUCUCGACAGCUUAUAGAGCUUUACGACGGAAACCUACUGAUGACUUCAAGAAACCAAGAUAAUUUCCAUUGCCAUUGUCGCAUCAUGUCCAAGAGUUACGAUGGCGGGGAAUCAUUUGCGCAUUCUGACAUCUACUUCGAUGAAGCGUUGUUAGACCCAGUAGUUGCUGCCAGCUUACUUCGUUACAGGAACACGGUUUACUUUUCGAAUCCGGCCAGUAAGCUUUUCCGAAUUAAUAUGACCGUCCGCUGGAGUGAGGACAAUGGCGAAUCAUGGGUGGGGUCCCUCGGAGUGUGGAAGGGUCCAAGUGGGUACUCCUGCCUGACUACCAUCCCUGGAACGCAAGCAAACAACACCUUCAUUGGCAUGGUGUUUGAAAAAGGAGUUACUCGCUACUAUGAGAGCGUAGCCUUUGUUAGAUUACGGUUGUGAAACACUGAUUGAACAAUUACAUCAGCACCUUGACAUUUUUUUUUUUUUUGGAAUUUUUUUCAGGGUCGCACUCCUAGUAUCAAUUAUAAAAUUUCAUGACGACAUUAUCUC